AUAUGGCUGACCCGUGUGAAUCAUGGGAAGGACGUCGCCAAAAAUAUCACAUAUAAUCUUUGCGUUUAUGUCUAAUCAUACGAAUUUUUACAUACUGUUUAUAUCACAUUACUAAAGAAAGGUUAAUUUUAUGGUAACCAAUCAUUCUAUUAGCCAAUAUGUUUGUGUUAAAGUAGUGCAGUUUUGCCGACGUAUCCACAAAUUUUGAAAAUUCAAAAUGUCUUUCUUUACUUUGCCAAAUUUGAAAGAUGUUAGUGGUCAAAAUCAGCUCAAUAUCACCACGAACGACGUUGAAACUCAACCGGAAGACAGCACAGAUAAAACUGCAAAGGCAAAGCAGAAUUUAAAGUUAUUCAAUCAGUUUUGCAGUACGGUUACCCCUUUUCUGACUGGUAAUGAAGAAAUGGUUGGAUUCCUUCAGAAAAGAUUCCAUGCAGCGAGUGAUAUGUUUAAAGCUUCUGAAGACCUCCAAAACCUUCUCAACACAACCCUUAUGAAAAUACUCAAGGACAAAAAUAAUGUUUUUGUGCACAUAAGAGACUUAAAUAACGAGUUUAAGGCAUACAGAGGAAGUAAAGUGCAUAAAAAGAGACGAUGUGGCCAUGGGGAUGGUAGUGGUACAGAUAGUAGUUGCAUUGAAGCAUCUGAUGAAAAGAAACGCCGAAUCAAUGGCAAGCAAAAUGGUGAUUUUGGCUUAUCUGAAACCUCGGAUUCCACAUAUAUAUCAGACAUUUCUGUAUCAACACAUCUGAAACAAAAUCAUUCAAAACAAAAAGAUAAUAGCUCAAGAACUAAUAGCCCAAUUUUGGAACUAACCCCUACAAGAGAAAUAACUAACAAAACUUUACAUAGACUAACCAUAUUUGAAGCUGAGGAGACGACAUCGGAUCCUGAUUCAAAACGAACUCCAAAAACGAUCCUGAAUGGCUCUAGGAGUGAUUCAGAAACCCCUCAGUCAACUGGUGCCUCAAGGAUAUUCAACAAAAAUACAAGUAUCAAAUUACAUAAUAUUGGUGCUGCUGGUCGGAAAGACCCUGAGGAAUGGACUGACCCUGGGGAAGGAUGUUCAGGUCUAGCUGAUACAAAUAAGCCUGAUGAUCAUGAGGAUCUCUUAAAUGAUGCCAAGGUUGCUUUGGAAGAUGAUCCAGAACAAAGUCAAAGUGAAGGUGAAGGACGUAGAAAAGAAAAGAAGAAAGGUUCAGCUAAGCAGCUGAAAAAACUUGAAGAUCUCUUAGAAAAAAUUAGCAAGAAAAUACAAGCCCUCAGCGAACAAGAAUUAGAUUUUAGCGAUUUGGAUCAUGAAGAUUCAACAUACCUCCAAGAGGAAAAAUUAAAACGGCACUUCAUGAAGAUCUGGAAGCGAAUAUGUCAGUUGAAAGAAAGGAGUGAUGCAACAGGCCGUCUCACAGAGACAAAGUUCAAAUUUGAAGGAACCAGGUAUCCUGAUAUUAAUAAGAGAAUUGAACGCUUCAUCAACAAAACCAGACAGUUCCCUGAUUAUCAUGAUAUCCGGAAAGAAAUCAUGAAAACCAAUCAAAAGAAAGGACUUAAAUUAGGAAAAAGAAGCAUAGAUGAGCUGUCAAAGGAAGCAUUUAUCGAAGUUGGCAACAGUCUUCAGAGUCGACGCAAAGAUGACUUUGUCAAAGAUUUCGGAUGUCACAUGACUGAUACAUACAGAGAAUUUGACGACCCUGCACUGUAUGACCGUGAUCUGAAGAGGAAGUUAGAACAAAACAAACACAUUGGACACAAUAGACUAGAAGCUGUAAUAUCAAAGUUCACUUACAAACAAGAGGUAGAUGGAGACAGUACAGCCGAUACGGAUGAAUCUGAGUCAGAACUCCCAGCCAAUCAGAGUGGAGCAGAAUCAACCAAUGAGGAGGCAAAUGGCAAAAAAGAUUCAUCUCGGACCCCUAGUCCAUUAUCGCCAAAUUCACAGUCGCAAGAGCUGCCUGAAAUGCUGGUUUUGUCCGAUGAUAAUAGUGACAAAGAGCAAACUGGACCUGAAGACAAAAGUUUAAAUUCAAAACCAACCCCUAAGAAUAUAACAUCUAUGCACUCAGAUACAACAGUUAUUGAGGAUAAUAACAGACACAAAUCUAAUUAUGAAACUCCAAAGAUGCCACGGAGAAUAAAAGUCUCUGAUCUUAAAAGUGGAAGCCCCAGAGAUAAAUCAGAACCUAAACCUAAAUCAGACAAGCAUUCAUCCCCAGGAAUUAAACCUAUCACAUCCAAUGAUACAACAACCCCUAACAUUAAAUCUACAAACCCUAUGAGUGAUACAACCCUUGAUGCUAAAUUUGUGAACCCCACAGUUGAUACAACCCUUGAUGUUAAAUCUGUAAACCCCACAGUUGAUACAACCAUUGAUGUUAAAUCUGUAAACCCCACAGAUGAUACAACCCUUGAUGUUAAAUCUGUAAACCCAACAGAUGAUGUUGAAUCUGACAAUGAGAUUACCAUAGUAAUUGAUGAUGAACUGCCUGAAAUUUGUGUAACUCCAAGAGACCGGACUCCUGUGGAUAUCCACAAACAAAAUAGGCACAAACGUAAACCAGAAACAAUCUUUGAUAGUCAAGAUAGUCAGGAGUCUCAGGAAAGUGACAUUGCUAUGCAAGAAAAUGAUUGGGAUUUAUUAGAAGAUCCUACAUCUGCUGAGUACAGAGAAUCAAGUAGUCAAGAAAUUCUAAAUGAUACCACCAAUCUUGACUCUGAUAUUGAAUUAGAGGAAACGCCUAUGGAUACAUGUGAUGCCCAGAAAGAUAGUGAUGUAUGUAUAAAAAGUGAAACCUCUGGAAGUGUUCACAUUAUUGGAGUAAAAGUCAUCAGUAAUAAUGAUGACGUCAUAAAGGAAAGAAAAAAAACUGAAAAAGAUGCUCCAUCUGAAAUUAUCAGAUCUCCAGGAAAGAAAAUCCGAAAAUCAGUUUACAAACCAAGUCCAUCAAAACUGAAAUUAAAAGUAUCCAAAUCGUUUGCAGAACGAACGAAAAAAAUUAUUAUUGCAACACAAAAUAAAUCUGCCCCUACAAGUGAUGAAGAAGAUCCUACAGAAGGUAAAGCUAACAAUGGUAAUUUCAAUGAAGCUGCUACUUCAGAAGAUGAAGCUAGUCCUAAUCUGUUUGAGGACCAAGACAUAGAUUCCAAUCCAGAGUCUUCUAAACCUCUAAAUUUUCAAAAUGAUAACAAUGUUAAAUUAGACACUAAAUCAAAGCAGAAAAUUGAUGCUUCUGAAGAUUCUGAACCUAUAACUUUGGAAAUAGAUGAUGAGGAUGAUGUGAAUGAACCUGAGGUCAAGAAAAAAGAAAAGAUCAGUGAUGAAUCUGAUACCAGCCUUGAUGAUGAAAUAAAAUCUAAAAUGGAGGUUGCAAAUGUUAUAUUUGAAGAAAUAAAAGAAAAACUAAAUGGUGUACAGAAUGUUGAUUCUGACAGGCUAUCGCCCAAAUCAGAAGGAGUCAGUAAUGGUCCAAACCAAAAAAGCACCAAGGAGCAAUCUCCAGAUAUUUUCUCCUCCAAUUCUGAAGAUUCACAAAAUCCUACCUCAACGGAAGUUCAAAAGAAAAGCAGGCGGUUUGCUAAACUUGACAGACCUAGCACUAAAAAGCGAAAUACUGGCCGUCAAAGUAUAGAAAUUAUUGACGAUGAAGAUGAAGAAAAGGAAGUUUCAUACUCAGAGUAUGAAACUGAUUUUAGCUCAAUUAUAGACUCUCAAUCUCAGGAUUUGAUUUCAUCGCCCUUAAAACAUUCUACACCUUCCAAACCUUUUAACAGAACUACUAAAGUUCAUAACUCAGGAGGCAAGCAUUCCAAUCCCAAAAUCAAGACUGUUCAGAACUCUGGAUUAACCAAUCAGAUCAAAACCAGUACAAAAAAUACUUCCACAACGAUUGGCAAAUUUGUUACAAUCGACCACUAUGCCGCAUCAAGGGAUAAAAUUGUUGCACCUCUCAAUGCUGCAACAAAUGCAAUGGGAUCAAAGUUGACCAAACCAAUAUCAGUUGCAACAAAUCAUAAGAAUUCUCAAUCACAAAGAUCGCCCCAAUUUUCCCCGGGGCUAAAAAUUGAGUCAUAUAGAUCAUUGUCAACCAACGAUGAAGUUACUGUACGCAAACCUAAAGUAAACCAACCACAAACUAAAUCUGAUCACAAACCUAAACAUCAACCACAAACUAAAUCUGAUCAGACAAAAUCUGGAGAUAUUAUUGUUUUAGAUUAA